AUGGGGGGAAUAUUGUGGAAUGAUGAGGAUAAGGCUAUGAUGGCUGUUGUUUUGGGAACUAAGGCUUUCAAUUACUUGAUGUCGAGCUCGGUUUUGGCCGAAUGCUCGUUAAUGACUAUGGGGAAUGAUGAGAAUUUGCAGAAUAAGCUUUCAGAUCUAGUGGAACAUCCUAAUGCAGCUAAUUUUAGUUGGAAUUACGCAAUUUUCUGGCAACUAUCGCGAUCCAAGUCAGGUGACUUGGUCCUUGGAUGGGGUGAUGGUUGUUGUCGAGAGCCUCGUGAAGGUGAAGAAUCCGAAGGGACUCGGAUUUUGAAUUUUAGACUCGAGGAUGAGACUCAGCAAAGGAUGAGGAAAAGGGUUCUUCAGAAGUUACAUACUCUGUUUGGGGGUACCGAGGAGGAUAAUUAUGCUUUUGGAUUGGAUAAGGUUACGGAUGCUGAAAUCUUCUUCCUAGCGUCCAUGUACUUCUCCUUCCCUCGUGGAGAAGGUGGCCCGGGGAAGUGUUAUGAAUCUGGAAAGCAUGUUUGGUUAUCGGAUGCAUUGAAUUUCUCAUUUGAUUACUGCGUGAGGUCGUUUCUUGCAAAGUCUGCUGGUAUGCGAACUAUUGUUUUGAUUCCGACUGACAUUGGAGUGGUGGAAUUAGGAUCUGUGAGAUCGGUCCCAGAAAGCUUGGAACUCUUGCAGAUUAUAAGAUCUUCAUUUUCUUCAACUUCGUCUCUUAUCAGGGCCAAUCAAGCUGCGUCUUUUCCAGUGGGAACGAAUAGAAAAGAUGGCGACGACCCAAAUUCUGAUUUGGUAAUUGGUAGCCGACCAGGCAUAGUUCCUAAGAUUUUUGGUCAGGAUAUGAAUUCUGGUUCUGUGCAGUUCACGGAAAAGCUUGCUGGUAGGAAUUUGGAAGAUAGGCCAUGGGACGUGUAUGCAAAUGGGAACAGGCUUCCAUUCACACAUGCUAGGAAUGGUUUUCACGGUUCAAGUUGGACGGAAUUGGGUAAUGUAGAGCCAGGGAACUCUGUUGAAAUUUACAGUCCACAGACCGCAGCAAAAAAUCCAUACGAGCUUGUUAACAGGACUAAGGAAGAGUUUCAGCUUAGUAGUUUUCAGCUUCAAAAGCCAGCCCAAAUGCAGAUUGAUUUUACUGGAGCGAUUUCAAAACCUUUAACUUUCCAACCUCGUAAUGUCGAUUCUCAGUGUUUAGAUGCUGAGGUUUCAUGCAAUGAGGAGCUCUCUGAUGACAGAAGGCCUCGAAAGCGUGGUAGGAAGCCUGCCAAUGGAAGAGAAGAAGCUCUCAAUCAUGUUGAGGCAGAGAGACAACGGCGAGAGAAGCUGAACCAGCGGUUUUAUGCACUUCGAGCAGUUGUGCCAAAUAUUUCGAAGAUGGACAAAGCAUCCCUCUUGGGAGAUGCCAUUGCUUACAUAACUGAACUGCAGAAGAAACUGAAAGAUAUGGAAUCCGAGAAAGAAAAGUUUGGAAACAUUUCAGAGGAGACACAGAUUUCAGAAGUAAAACCGAAUUCUGAAAGGCAAGAUCAACCUCCUAGUAUUGACAUCCAAUCCAGUCACGAUGAAAUCACUGUGAGGGUGAGCUGCCCAUUGGACGCCCACCCGGUAUCAAGGGUUGUUCAAGCAAUCAAGGAUUCACAAGCCUCUGUUUUUGAGUCGAAGAUUGCUACAGAUAGUGACCAUGUAUUUCACACAUUUGUUGUAAAGUCGCAAGGAUCAGAGCGAAUAACUAAGGAGAAAUUGAUCAAGGCAUUUUCCCGUGAGUCCAAUUCCUUACCAGCUUCAAAAUCUGUUAUGAACAGAAAUACUGUGCUUAACAAAGCUUAA